AUGCUUCUCCCCCCCCCACAAAAAAUCAAAUAUUCUGAACUCGCUUCAGCUACGAGACCUGUUCCUUACUCAGAUGAUCUCCUUGUCCCUAGGCCCUCAGCAUAUAAACAUUUUAUUCCUUUACCAUAUGAAAAACUGCCUUCUACCAGUUCGUCUCUUCUGAAGACAAUGUCCCCGUUUAUUCAAAGAGCAAGCGAUUCGGUCGUAUCUAUCUAUCUAUCUAUCUAUCUAUCUAUCUAUCUAUCUAUCUAUCUAAUUCUGUUCAUUAUUCAUCUAUCUUUCUCUGUUCGUUAUUUGAUUUCAUAUCUAUUCUGUUCAUUAUUCAUCUAUAUCUAUCUAUCUAUUCUAUUAUUUCUAUCUAAUUCUGUUCAUUUCAUUAUCUAUUUAUCUAUCUAUCUAUCUGUUCAUUAUCUAUCUAUCUAUCUAUUCUCUAUCUAUCUAUCAUUCAUCUAUCUAUCUAUUCUGUUCAAUAUCUAUCUAUCUAUCUAUCUAUCUAUCUAUCUAUCUAGUUCUGUUCAUUAUCUAUCUAUCUAUCUAUCUAUCUAUCUAUCUAUCUAUCUAAUUCUGUUCAUUAUUCAUCUAUCUUUCUCUUGUUCGUUAUUUGAUUUCAUUAUCUAUCUAUCUAUCUAUCAUCUAUCAUCUAUCUAUCAUCUAUCUAUCUAUCUAAUUCUGUUCACCCAUCUAUCUAUCUAUCUAUCUAUCUAUCUAAUUCUGUUCUCAUCUUCUAUCAUUUCCUUCAUUCCUCUUUUAUUUAAUUUCUUCACUCCUUUUUCCUUCUCUCGCCUUUCUUUUCUUCUCCCCUCGCCUUUCUUUUUUUCUUCUCCGUUUCCUCAUCUUCUCCCACCCUUCUUCAUUGUAUGCCUUACCCCCUGGGAGCCUAACUUACCGGUUUUCCCGCCGCCUAGUAAAUUCUUUUCUCCGAUUUCCUCGGACAUGGAGACGAAAAGCGUUUAUCCUUUGGCCAACCCAAAAGGAAAUAUUCUCCGGUGUAACAUUUGUGACAGUCUCGCCUGGAUUAAGUGUCACACGUGUCAGGCUGCCUUCUACUGCAACAAAGAACACCAGGAAAUCGACUGGAAAGGCAUUCAUGAAUUGCUGUGUACGACUCUUCGAGAUCUCUAUGCCGAACCAAAAAGAGUUAUUCGCAAAAACGAGAAAGAAUUACUGCUGAAGAAAUUACUUGAUGCCAAACUUAAGAUUAUUGAAGUAUGCCUGUUACGGGGUCAGAAGAAUCUUUUCGAAGGUAAUUAUCAACUGGUGUGUCCGGCAGCCUUCCAAUGUAUUCGACUGUACAAAGAAGUCUACAAAGGAUCUUCUCCAAAUGUGGUUCCCGCCUACCUUAUUUUAGCAGAAUCUUUAUUGGGCCUUGACCAACUAAAAGAAGCUUGUGAUUAUCUCUCUUUUGUGAAGAUGAUAGCCACAAAACAAAGCGGGGCGCGAAAAGGGUUUACUCCUGUCCAACCGCACACUUACAAAAUCUACCGAACAAUGGCAAAGUUGUAUUUGGUGAUGGAGGACUAUAAACAGUCAAUUGAUAAUCUUUCAGAAGAUAUAUAUUUCGCCUCGGAAUUAUUUGGCACAAACGCAAUACAAACCUCCGGAGGAUAUUUUAAUAUGGCGAAUGUAUAUUUUUAUCUAGGAAAGCCCGUACUCACGAACUCUCUAUACAAGAAGGUAGUUGAUAUUUGGUACAAAUGUCUGAAAAAUCUUGCCGAUAAAAAACUAUCUGGUGAUGAAUCGGACGUUUUUCUGGACUGCCAGGGAGUUCCUGAUAUUGGUUUAGAUGAAGCCCAAGUGGCCGAAGCGAAACUCUACCUCAGAAGUAUCUACGAAUGGUGGGAAGGUUCCAAAUACAAUGGAACGAUGCAAUUUGCCAUUCUCUGCUUGACAUUGACUUUUCUUUCUUUUAUUCUCGUAGAAGUAAUCGAGGCACAAGGCUACGCACUAAAAGUCAAGAAAAUACUCACUGGAUUAGAGAAGGGAGAAGAACUUCUCAAAGAGAAUGAAAGCUUUCUUAAUCUCUCAACAACAGCAACAGCAGAAGCGGAGUUCACAGGCCGAGACCAUCAAUCCUUUCUUCCGAAAUUUGCAACACGCCAGCGUGUUGUCCAACCCCUUUUUCAACAGCAACAGAAGCGGAUUUUACACACCUGGUACAGCCAGUCCUUUCUGAACUUCACUUUCUUCUAUUUUUCUUAUUGGUUUUGUUUUUUCCUCCUUUCUGAACUUUCCCUGCCAUCUUUCCUUUUCUUUUUCAUUCUAUUCUUUUUGGCUUUCUCUUCUCUUUCGUUUUUCUCUCCUCUCCACUUUCUUUCUUUCUUUCUUUCUUUCUUUCUUUCUUUCUUUCUUUCUUUCUUUCUUUCUUUCUUUCUUUCUCAUUCCUAUUCCCAUUUCGUUCUAAUUCCUGUUCCCAUUUCUUUCUUUCUUUCUUUCUUUCUUUCUUUCUUUCUUUCUUUCUUUCUUAUUCCUAUUCCCAUUUCGUUCUAA